UAGACAUGGAGGAUGGGAAGCCUGAUCUGCUGCUGGUCAAAGAGGAGACAAUAGAAGAUGAACCAGAGAGCAUUGACCUGCUGAGUGGACUAAAGAUGGGGGAGCAAGGUGAUUGGCUGGAGGCUAACAGAGGGGACUGGGCAGCCCUUUUGAGUUCCCAGACCCAGACUGGUGUAGCCACGGGCCCAGGGGACAACAUCACUGAGCAGGGCAGAACCAGAGGCGACAUGGUGGAGGUCAGUGGAUGGGACAGCGUCUUCAACUCUGGACUUGGGAACAACACUGUUAACCAGAAACAGACAGUCGAACACAAAGCAACAGCUGAACUUAGUCUCUAUGACGACAGACUGUCUGAGACCAGGGAGAGGGGUAGAUUUGGUCUGCAAGGACGGGGGCGUGUCCGUAUGCAGCGGGAGAGAACAGACACAGACUCGGCUAGUGAUGCUCCGUCCUGCUCCUAUAGUUGUGAUUCAGAGCGACUGAUGACACCUCAGGUAAACCCCCUAAAAGGUGCAGCCUUCAGCCUGCCUUCUAUAGGAUCUAUCAACUGGAACAUGGACCCUGCAACAACACAGACCCUCCCUGGCCUUCAUCCUCCUCACACUCUCCUUAUGUUAAACCAGACCUCAGACAAUGCCAGUGCCUCAACACAAAAUGGCUACAUAUGCCCAUUGACAAAUGACAGUAGUGGUGACACUAUCAUCAGAUCCGGUGGCAAAGAGAAGCGCUUCCCAUGUUCAUUCUGUGGGAAAGCCUUCAAUUUCCGCAAACAGCUGGAGAUCCACCAGAGGAUGCACACAGGGGAGAAACCAUUUGGUUGUCACCUAUGCCGAGCCAGUUUCUCUCACUCGUUCACCCUGAAGAGGCACCAGAGGGUCCACACAGGGGAGAAACCCUACACCUGCCCCCACUGUGAGAAGAGGUUCUCCCACCAGCACCAUCUGAAGAGGCAUUUGAAGGUCCAUACGGGAGAGAGGCCGUUCGCCUGCACUAACUGUGGGAAGAGGUUCUCAGACAGGAGCUACCUCAGGAUACACCAGCAGAAAAACCAUUCCCAUCUAUAACAUAGAAAGUAACUAUACCACUUGAUAGCUUCUGAUGUUUAGAUCAAACCCUGCAUUAAAGACAAAUGCAUGUUUUGUUGUCAGCAGAAAAGAUCCACAAAUGCAUUUGGAAUAACAAGAGUAAUAGAUUUCAGAUUUUCUUCUAGACUUGUAUAGUGCCUUCAGAAAGUAUUCACACCCCUUUUUAUUUUAUUUAUUUUUAUUUCACCUUUAUUUAACCAGGUAGGCUAGUUGAGAACAAGUUCUCAUUGGCAACUGUGACCUGGCCAAGAUAAAGCAUUGCAGUGUGAACAGACCACAGAGUUACACAUGGAGUAAACAAUUAACAAGUCAAUAACACAGUAGAAAAAAAAGUCUAUUAUACAUUGUGUGCAAAAGGCAUGAGGAGGUAGGCGAAUAUUUACAAUUUUGCAGAUUAACACGAGUGAUAAAUGAUCAGAUGGUCAUGUACAGGUAUGGAUAUUGGUGUGCAAAAGAGCAGAAAAGUAAAUAAAUGAAAACAGUAUGGGGAUGAGGUAGGUAAAAUUGGGUGGGCUAUUUACCGAUCGACUAUGUAUAGCUGCAGCGAUCGGUUAGCUGCUCAGAUAGCAGAUGUUUGAAAUUGGUGAGGGAGAUAAGUCUCCAACUUCAGCGAUUUUUGCAAUUCGUUCCAGUCACAGGCAGCAGAGAACUGGAACGAAAGGCGGUCAAAUGAGGUGUUGGCUUUAGGGAUGAUCAGUGAGAUAGACCUGCUGGAGCGCGUGCUACGGGUGGGUGUUGCCAUCGUGACCAGUGAACUGAGAUAAGGCGGAGCUUUACCUAGCAUGGACUUGUAGAUGACCUGGAGCCAGUGGGUCUGGCGACGAAUAUGUAGCGAGGGCCAGCCGACUAGAGCAUACAGGUCGCAGUGGUCGGUGGUAUAAGGUGCUUUAGUAACAAAACGGAUGGCACUGAUAAACUGCAUCCAGUUUGCUGAGUAGAGUGUUGGAAGCUAUUUUGUAGAUGACAUCGCCGAAGUCGAGGAUCGGUAGGAUAGUCAGUUUUACUAGGGUAAGUUUGGCAGCGUGAGUGAAGGAGGCUUUGUUGCGGAAUAGAAAGCCGACUCUAGAUUUGAUUUUAGAUUGGAAAUGUUUGCAGGGUAGCCUAGUGGUUAGAGCGUUGGACUAGUAACCAAAAGGUUGCAAGUUCAAAUCCCCGAGCUGACAAGGUACAAAUCUGUCGUUCUGCCCCUGAACAGGCAGUUAACCCACUGUUCCUAGGCCGUCAUUGAAAAUAAGAAUUUGUUCUUAACUGACUUGCCUAGUAAAAUAAAGGUAAAAAAAAAUAUGAGUCUGGAAGGAGAGUUUACAGUCUUGCCAGACACCUAGGUACUUAUAGAUGUCCACAUAUUCUAGGUCGAAACCAUCCAGGGUGGUGAUGCUAGUCGGGCGUGCGGGUGCACGCAGCGAACGGUUGAAAAGCAUGCAUUUGGUUUUACUAGCAUUUAAGAGCAGUUGGAGGCCACAGAAGGAGUGUUGUAUGGCAUUGAAGCUCGUUUGGAGGUUAGAUAGCACAGUGUCCAAGGACGGGCCGGAAGUAUACAGAAUGGUGUCGUCUGCGUAGAGGUGGAUCAGGGAAUCGCCCGCAGCAAGAGCAACGUCAUUGAUAUAUACAGAGAAAAGAGUCGGCCCGAGAAUUGAACCCUGUGGCAACCCCAUAGAGACUGCCAGAGGACCGGACAGCAUGCCCUCCGAUUUGACACACUGAACUCUGUCUGCAAAGUAGUUGGUGAACCAGGCAAGGCAGUUAUCAGAAAACCCGAGGCUACUGAGUCUGCCCAUAAGAAUAUGGUGAUUGACAGAGUCGAAAGCCUUGGCAAGGUCGAUGAAGACGGCUGCACAGUACUGUCUUUUAUCGAUGGCGGUUAUGAUAUCGUUUAGUACCUUGAGCCUGGCUGAGGUGCACCCGUGACCGGCUCGGAAACCAGAUUGCACAGCGGAGAAGGUACGGUGGGAUUCGAGAUGGUCAGUGACCUGUUUGUUGACUUGGCUUUCGAAGACCUUAGAUAGGCAGGGCAGGAUGGAUAUAGGUCUGUAACAGUUUGGGUCCAGGGUGUCUCCCCCUUUGAAGAGGGGGAUGACUGCGGCAGCUUUCCAAUCCUUGGGGAUGUCAGACGAUAUGAAAGAGAGUUUGAACAGGCUGGUAAUAGGGGUUGCGACAAUGGUGGUGGAUAGUUUCAGAAAUAGAGGGUCCAGAUUGUCAAGCCCAGCUGAUUUGUAUGGGUCCAGGUUUUACAGCUGUGUACGGGUCCAGGUUUUACAAUGUGUUAUGUUACAAAGUGGGAUUAAAAUGGAUUUAUUUGUACUUUUUAUGUUAACAAUCUACACAAAAUACUCUUUAAUGUCAAAGUGUAAGAAGAAUUCUAACAUUUGAAAAACAUUUAUGAAACAUAAAACACUAAUAUACUGUAUCCUGAUUAGUAUUCAUACAGUGCAUUCGGAAAGUAUUCAAACCCCUUGACUUUUUCCACAUUUUGUUAAUUUAUAAUCUUAUUCUAAAAAUGGAUUCAAUUGUUUUUUUCCCCUCAUCAAUCUACACACAAUGCAAAAACAGUUUUUUUUUAAUUUUAGCACACUUCAUAAAAUAUUUCUUAACUGAAAUAUCACAUUUACAAAAGUAUUUGUUGGAAGUUGAACCUUUGCCUCAGUUGGAGGUCCUGAGCGCUCUGGAGCAGGUUUUCAUCAAGGUUCUCUCUGUACUUUGCUCCGUACAUCUUUCCCUCGAUUCUGACUAGUCUACCAGUCCCUGCUCGCUGAAAAACAUCCCCACAGCAUGAUGCUGCCACCACCAUGCUUCACUUUUGGGAUGGCGGCAGGUUUCCUCCAGACAUGAUGCUUGUCAUUCAAGCUAAAUAGUUACAUCUUGGUUUCAUCAGACCAGAGAAUCUUAUUUCUCAUGGUCUGAGAGUCCUUCAGGUGCCUUUUGGCAAACUCCAAGUGGGCUGUCAUUAGGGCUGUGGCGGUCACCAAUUUUCAUCAGCUGGUGAUUGUCAAGCAAAUAACUCUCUGUCUCACGGUAAUUGACCGUUAAUUAACAUAGACAUGUUUAGCAUGUCCCGGCUUCCACACAUAGCCUACAAGCCACUGAUGCAGACCUUAGGAACAUCUACAUUUUAAAAAGCAUAGUAAAUCCAUUUAAUAAAGCCUACACCUUCACAAUCUAUUUAUUUUAGACAGGUCUAAAGAAGCAUGAUAUGAAGAAAAUGUAGUCUAUUUCACAAGAACAGAAUAGCAUACUCUGAGUUGUCCUUGUGUUAGGUCCUGAUCUGGCUAUGCCAAUUGGGUGUGGGCUACACUAUUUCAUUUAGCAGACAAGAUUUGCUUAGAAUACCGUGGCAUUAUUUUAUAGUAUGAAGAAUACAAUUGAACAAAUCUGAAAAGAAUUAAGGAUAUUUUCUCCAAAUUAUUUGAGGGAGUGCGCACAUGCAGUUAUUCUGUGUUGAGCGCUUAACAAAGAAAUAGGUAGUCCUAUAUGCUUAAUUUAUGAGUUAUUCAUGUAACUUUCGUCGUCCUGCAAAUGUUGGGCUAUAUGUUUUGAUUUGUAAUAAAUUGUAAGGCUGCA